UGUUCCCUUUCUUUAUUGCGUCGUCGAGUCAUCAUCCAGUCUGGUCAACCCACACGAGAAGAGAUUCAAGAUUUGAUAUCUGAAGUUCCGAUUUUGAUCUUAAUCGAAGCAGGCAGAUCCAUGAAAACCUCCUCCUAUUCCUUGUGUUCAACAUAAGUAAGAUCUCAUCAAGUCUCUUCCUUAAUCCAUCUUUUUUUGUGGAUUUGGAAUUGGAUGGCUUCUUCCGGGAAUCCCAAUCUGCAACCCCAAAGCGGCGGCGCAGGUGAAAGCGGCGGCGGCGGAGGGAUCGAUUUGAAUAAACUUUUCAAACCCAGUUCAGGCCCUAUGCCGCAGCAUCUUCAAAACAUGAACGUAGUAGCAACUCCUCCAAUUCCCAACACUACCAACCUUACUACAUCUCCUUCUUUCCCGGCCCAAUCCUCCACGCCGCCUCCGCCGCCUUACUUGAUGCCUUCAUCCUCUUAUCCUCCGCCUACUGGGCCGUACCCUUACCACCACCACUACCUUCCUUAUCCUCCUCCUCCUCCCCAUCAACACCCCUUGCAUCCUAGUCCAAACCCACCACAGCUUCAUAUUAAUGGACCCAUUCCUUUUCAACCCCAACCCUCAGCACCCGCCACUUCUACUUCAGGAAGCGACGUUUUUAUGGCGUUUAUGGGUUCUCGAUCCCAGUCACAAGCUCCUGCAACUCCCCCUUCUGCCCCACCUCUUACUUUGAAUGUCAACCCAUGGCCAUCUGUUCCUUCGUCUCCCUCGCCUGCCCGACUGUUGAGUAGCAAGGUCCCCAAGGGAAGGCAUCUAAAUGGAACCAAUCUCGUUUAUGAUAUUAAUGUGAGGUUGCCCAGUGAAGUACAUCCCCAACUUGAGGUCACUCCCAUUACCAAGUAUGCUUCUGAUCCCGGCCUUGUUCUUGGUCGUCAGAUUGCUGUUAAUAGGAAUUACAUUUGCUAUGGUCUCAAGCUUGGGAAUAUCCGUAUCCUCAACAUCAACACCGCCCUCCGAUCCUUGCUUCGUGGCCACACUCAGAGAGUAACUGAUAUGGCUUUUUUUGCCGAGGAUGUCCACCUUUUGGCCAGUGCAAGUGUUGAUGGCCGGGUUUUUGUAUGGAAGAUCCAUGAAGGCCCUGAUGAUGAAGAUAAGCCGCAAAUUUUUGGCAAGGUUAUUAUUGCCAUUCAAAUUGUGGGGCAAGAAGAGUCGAAGCAUCCACGAGUCUGUUGGCAUCCUCACAAACAAGAGAUCUUGAUGGUUGCUAUUGGAAAUCGUAUCCUGAAAAUUGAUACAAUGAAAGUUGGAAAACUCGAAAGUUUUUCAGCUGAGGAACCUCUUAAUUGCUCUGUUGAUAAGCUUAUUGAUGGAGUUCAGUUUGUUGGUAAACAUGAUGGUGAGAUUACGGAGUUGUCAAUGUGCCAAUGGUUGACCACCCGUUUAGCUUCAGCUUCUGUAGAUGGCACGGUGAAAAUUUGGGAUGACCGUAAGCCCUUACCACUUGCAGUGUUGAGACCACAUGAUGGACUUCCUGUUAGCUCAGCAACAUUCUUGACUGCUCCACACCGCCCUGAUCAUAUUGUUCUUAUCACAGGAGGCCCACUAAACCGUGAAGUGAAAAUGUGGUCCUCUUCAAGUGAAGAAGGCUGGUUGUUGCCCAAUGAUGAUGAAUCAUGGCAGUGUACCCAGACACUGGAAUUGAGGUGUUCUGCUGAGUCUGAGGUUGACAAUGCAUUCUUUAACCAAGUUGUGGCACUGCCCCGUGCAGGCCUACUUCUGCUUGCAAAUGCGAAGAAGAAUGCUAUAUAUGCCGUACACAUAGACUAUGGGCCUUAUCCAGCAGCUACCCGCAUGGAUUACAUAGCUGAAUUCACUGUCACGAUGCCUAUAUUGAGUCUCACUGUAACAAGUGAUAAUUUGCCAGGUGGAGAAUCUGUCCAAGUCUACUGCGUUCAAACACAGGCUAUUCAGCAAUAUGCUUUGGAAUUGUCUCAAUGCCUGCCUCCACACCUGGAAAAGACAGACAUGGAUAAAACAGAUUCCAAUACUUCUCGCAGUUUUGAUGGCAUGAACUCUGAUGGUUCUGCUUCUCUGGAAUUAGCUAAUGGAUAUAAACCAACUGACGUGACUCUAAAUUCCUCAGUUCCGUCGUCAUCUAUAAAAUCAGGUAGCCCUGAAGGUGCUGCCAUGCCGAGCAGUUCACAAAUAUCAGCUUCUGCAGAGGCGACUUCCAUUUUCGAGAGUGAUGUGUUUGGAAUGGAAAGUAAGCCAAGUGCUUUGCCGACUGGUAGUAGUGCUGAAAAUUUGCACACUGCAUCACCUCCACUUCCGUUAACAACAAGGUUAUCACAAGAGUCUUCUGGUUUUAGAAGUCCAUCGAGUGCUGGUCAUGUUGACCGUCCUGCACAUGAUCAUUCUGUUGACCACAAAGUGGAUAUGGUCAAAGAGAAUAAGAUUGAAAGCCCCUACUCAGAUGAUCACAUGCAGAAAGGUGAAGAUAUUGCUCAAAACGACAUUUCAACUGUUCCUGAUCCUCAUACGGUGUUCAAACAUCCAACCCAUCUGGUUACACCUUCGGAGAUAUUGUCUAUUGUGUCUUCAUCAGCAGAGAAUGCACAGAAUAGUCAGGUUACUAAUGGGGAUGAGACAACAGUUGAAGAUGUGGUCAAGAAUGAUGCUGAAAGGAUAGAGGUAGAUGAUGAAGUUCAUGAUGAGAGAAGACUUGGUCAAAGUAAUGAAACAAAAUGUCCACAGGGCUCUCAUACUACUUUUGCAGAUAACAAAGAAAAGGCAUUCCACUCUCAGGCAUCAGAUCUUGGCAUUCAGAUGGCCAGAGAUUUUUGUUCAGAAAGUUAUGAUGUUGAGGGAGAUCAACAAGCUAAACGCAUGGGUGUUUCAGUUCAAGCAGAUAGACUUACUAAUGGUGGUGAUGGGGGUGACCAAAAUGUAAAUGAAGAUGCCCCUUCAAAGGUUGGUGAAACAGACACCGCUGUGACUGUUUCCCCAUCUCCUGCUUCUGCUAAAGGGAAAAAGCAGAAGAAGAAAACUUCUCAAGUAUCUAUCCUCUCUUCCCCUUCAGUGAACCCUUAUAAUUCCACAGAUUCAUCUAAUGAACCUGGGUGCAAUUCCGGGGCUCCGUCAGCUAAUGCUAUUUCCACUCAGUUGCUGGCCAUGCAGGAUAUGCUUGAACAGUCCCUUAGUAUGCAGAAGGAAAUACAGAAGCAGAUGAAUGCAAUUGUUUCUGCUCCAGUUAACAAAGAAGGGAAAAGACUGGAAGCAUCCCUGGGCAGGAGCAUUGAGAAAGCUGUAAAGGAAAAUACAGAUGCCUUAUGGGCUUGUUUCCAAGAUGAAAAUGCAAGACUAGAGAAGUUAGAAAGAGACCACAUGCAGCAGAUAACAAAUUUGAUCUCCAACUGUGUUAAUAAGGACUUGCCAGCCGUGUUCGAGAAAUCCUUAAAGAAGGAAAUAACUGCAGUUGGUUCUGUUCUGGCUCGGGCUAUUAGUCCCACGUUGGAGAAAAGUAUAUCUUCUGCCAUUACAGAGUCAUUCCAGAAAGGAGUUGGAGAGAAGGCAGUGAAUCAUUUGGAGAAGUCAGUCAGUUCAAAACUUGAAGUGACAUUGGCCAGGCAAAUCCAAGCACAAUUUCAAACUUCUGGAAAGCAAGCUCUUCAGGAUGCACUAAGGUCUAGCGUGGAAACUUAUGUUAUUCCAGCAUUUGAGAUGUCAUGCAAAUCCAUGUUUGAGCAAAUUGAUGUAACAUUUAAGAAAGGGCUAAGAGAACACACAGCUACUGCUCAUCAGCAAUUUGAAAAAUCACAUUCGUCCGUUGCUGCUACUCUACAGGAUGCUAUUAAUUCUGCAGCUUCAAUCACUCGAACUUUAAGUGGAGAAUUGGCAGAUGGGCAACGAAAACUUCUAGCUAUGGCAGCUGCAGGUGCCAACUCUAAUGCAGGAAAUCCCUUGCUGUCACAAUCAAGUAAUGGACCGUUGGCUCAUCUGCAUGAGAUGCAGCCAGAGGCAAAUACGGAUCCAGUGAAAGAGUUGGGAAGAAUGAUAGCUGAGAAGAAAUACAAUGAAGCAUUCACCGCAGCGCUGCAUAGAAGUGAUGUGUCCAUAGUUUCGUGGUUGUGUUCUCAGGUUGAUCUGCAAGGGAUACUGUCGAUGAAACCAUGCCCACUGAGCCAAGGAGUAUUGCUAGCACUGUUCCAGCAACUGGCUUGUGAUAUAAAUACAGAAACAAGUAGAAAGCUGGGAUGGAUGACUGAUGUAGGAGUGGCCAUAAUCCCAUCAGAUCCAACAAUAGCCAUGCAUAUGGUGCCCAUCUUUAGUCAGGUGUCCCAGAUUGUGGAUCAUCUUCAAACCACGUCUUCUUCUACAUCUGCAUCUGAAUCCGCCACCAUCCGCCUCCUUAAGUUUGUCAUCAACAGUGUGUUGAGCUGUAAAUGAUUGAUUGUGUUCACUUUUCAACAAUAUUACUCCUUUGCAUUUAUAUAUAGGAACAAUGCACUGAGAAGACGUGUGGGCAUUUUUAAUGAAUUCAGUUGGUUAUUUCAAUUUGUG